UUUGUCUUGCGUGGGCCGCCCUUGGGAUUCCUCAGGUGUCUUCCCCCCGUCGACGGCAGCUCGGCGCACGCAUCCAGGAUCUCCGCCCCCUUCUCCGGCGCUGGCCAAGAAGUGCCCCAGCCCCCAGAGCCGAUUGCUCUAGCACGGACGAUGGCGGCCUCCGGCAAACGCCUCGCCGGCAGCGCUGACAGGCUAAGUGACCUCCCAGAUGGCCUCCUCCACACUGUCAUGUCGUUCCUCACAGCCCGGCAGGCCGUGCAGACAUGCGUGCUGUCGCGGAGGUGGGAGGACCUCUGGUGCUCCAUGCCCUGCCUCAACAUCGACGAGCGGGAGUUUAGCACCUCAGCAAUCUUGUCCGACUCCGACUCCGACUCCGACUCCGACGAUGGGGAUGAGGGUGGCCCUAACUGUACUAGGUUAGAGUAUUUCGUCAUCAAUCUGCUGAUGUUUCACAGUGCGGCAACAUUGGAUGUGUUCAGGUUUCAUUCUGUUUCUGAACGAAAGAUUAAAUUUGCCGACCAAUGGCUACGCCGUGGCAUCAAGCGCUUCCCCAAAGUGGUGGAUAUCGAUUCGAAGAAUUGCUGUUGUAAAUUACCACGUUUCGGUUCCAGUUCUUCACGCCUCAACAGGCUGCAUCUUUCUCGCAUUUCUUUGGACAAAACCUUCACCCAGCAGCUACGUUCUGGCUGUCCGGUCUUGGAAGAUUUGGAGCUCAAGUGGUGUGUGCUUGAAGAUGCAGAAACUGCAUCUUGCACACUGAAGAACUUGACAAUUGAGCAUUGUACGAUUUACCAUCCCGGUGCGCUGACUAUCAAAGUUCCUUCUCUUACUUGCUUGCAGCUUGUCGCUUUUAGUCGCAACUGGGAUGCUGCUGUAGCAAACGAGAUGCCGUUCCUCAUCAAAGCCACCAUUUGCACAAUCCGUUUGAUAAUACUGCCAUGGAAGCUUCUUUUCAGCCUAAUUAACGUGAAAGAUUUAAAACUGACUGGCUUUCGAGCACCGGCGAAUCUUCAUGAUGGAUCGGAUACUUUCCCUGUGUUCCAUAAUAUUAGAACCUUGCUGUUUGACACAUGCGAUCUAAGUGACAAGUUUGAUAUGCUGGGAUGCUUUCUGAACAAUGCCCCUGGUUUAGAGAAGCUUACACUUGAAAGUUGCAUGCUUCCAGAAGCUUCUAAGGGAAGCAAGACAGGAGGAAAUCUAAAAAAGGCAUCUCUAGAAUACGAUGACGCACUUACUUUCCAAUGCCCAAGCCUGAAGUUGACUGAAAUCAAAUACAUAUAUGACGACGAUGUUCAGAAACUGUUUGACCUUUUGCUUGGCGCUUGGAGUAACCUACAGAAUACUAACAUUGUGAUUAAUAAGAAGACUUAGGGAGUGAUUAAGAAGGCUUGAAGCAGUGAACACCAGCCACUUUUGCAAUGCUUAUUAUUUCUGUUCCUCCUUAAAUGUAGCAUGCGCUCUGCCAUUUGCGCAUGUAAUUCUAUAUAUUUUCGCCUUUGAUGGCAGGACAACUGAACAAGCAUCUACUUUGGUUCAUUUCUGGAUAUUCUAAUGGUGUGCUUUUAUUUGUUGUGUUUGUUGCACGAGUCCAUGACACAUCUGAUAUAGCCGAUACUGCAACGCGUAUUCCAUUGGAUGGGAGUACAUACUAGUGCAGUAGCACUGAAGAAAAUCCAUAGGAGUACUAGGAGAGGCAUCACCACCCUGACACACAGGAACAGCGUAUACCAAAUCUGCUAUGUUCUUUUUUUUUCUCAGUUCAACCAGUAGGUGCUCUGUCUUGCUUGAGAUCUGGCAUUGGUUUCACCUGUGUGGCUGUGUUAAUGUGUAUCAUGGUCCUGUUUAAACGAAGCUGCACAACACAGUUCGAUCAAAUGCCAGGCAGAUGGUUCAACGGCGCCUACGACGGUUGCUCCGCCGAAACCCAAUGAGCUCACUGUUUUUUUUUUUUAACCGCGUUAUUGAAUUCGCCACUGUUGUGGUUUGUAAAAAUAUCAACAUUGUAAUUUAGUUAUCCCCAGCCCUCCUA